UUUUUUUUUUGGAUUUUAUUCCAUUUUCCUCCUUUUCAAGUCUUUUUUCUCUUUCUUAAAUUUGAGCUUAAAAUCUACAAAAUCCCAUCUGGUUUAUCUAAGCCUUUUCAGCAAUUUUUUUUUAUUCUUUUUUCUGAAUUUAUUAGAAUUUCCUAAUUUUCAAUAUUCUUCUUUGGCUCCCAGAAGUUGUCAAAACAUUUCUUAAAAAAUAAUAAAAAGGUGAAUUCUAAUAUAUUUACUCUUUUUCUAAAUCCCUUAAGAAAAGGGGAAUUCUAGUGUUACUAUUUUCUAAAGCAUUUUCCUGUAUUGAUCUGGUGAUCAAACGGAUACAACUGAAUGACUCUGAUCUAGAAACCAAUCUGUGGAAAUGCAAUCAGAUUAGCGGGUUUUUACUGCAAUGCCAUCAGGCAAUGCGGUGAUUCACGGUGCAAUGCAGUUCCAGAGUGAACGGCCAUGGUACCCGGAUGAGCGGGACGGGUUCAUCUCAUGGCUGCGCAGCGAAUUCGCAGCUGCAAACGCCAUUAUUGAUUCCCUGUGCCACCACUUCCGGUGCAUCGGUGAGCUUGGGGAGUAUGACGCCGUGCUUGGCUGCAUUCAGCAGCGGCGUUGCAACUGGAGCCCUGUGCUCCAUAUGCAGCAGUACUUCUCGGUUGCAGAAGUCGGAUAUGCGCUACAGCAGGUCGCAUGGAGGAAGCAGCAGCAGCAGCAGCGGCGGUAUUUUGAUCCGUCGAAGGUUGCAGAAAAGGAUAACAAGAAACCAGCUUUUUGGUAUAGAGACAAUGUUAGGGAGAAUCAUGGCUCUGGUUUGGGACCCAAUUCUCAGGAUGCAGAUUCUUUAGCUUCAUCGAUCAGUCCAGAUGCAAAUUUGGAGAAAGGUGAAGAAAAAGCGGAGAAAGAAGACAUGGGUCGUGCAGAGGAGACAGACGGGGCUGAUGGUUUUAAUAACUCUCAGGAAUGUAGCAGCUUAAAGAAUGGUGGUAACUCAUUGGGAAUGGAGAGUGGUAAUGUGGAGCCUGAUGCAGUGAAGGAUGAGUGCACCCCAAUUUCGAAAGGGCUUUGCCAGAGUGUCCUUCUGAAGAGUGAGGCAGAUAGCAUCCCAAACCAUGACGAAAGUCAGAAACCAAUUCCAAACCCUAAAACCUUUCUGGUCAAUGAAAUGUUUGACGGGAAGCCAGUCAAUGUUGUCGAAGGGCUAAGAUUGUACAAUGGACUGUUUGAUAACUCAGAGAUUUCAAGGCUUGUUUCAUUGGCAAAUGACUUGAGAGCAGCUGGGCGGAGAGGGGAAUUUCAAGGAUUACCAAAAGCAGGGCAAACAUAUGUGGUCUCAAAGAGGCCCAUGAAAGGGCAUGGAAGAGAAAUGAUUCAAUUGGGCCAACCCAUUGCUGAUGGGCCCCUUGAAGAUGAACAUACAGCUGGAACCUCCAAAGAUCGGAAUGUGGAGGCAAUCCCUAGCUUGCUGCAAGAUGUUAUUGAUUGCUUUGUUCGCAUGCAAGCCAUUACUGCAAAGCCAGAUUCUUGCAUUAUCGACUUCUUUAAUGAGGGGGACCAUUCACAGCCUCACGUGCGUCCACCUUGGUAUGGGAGGCCUUUCUGUGUCCUGUCCUUGACAGAGUGUGACAUGGUUUUUGGCAGAGCAAUUGGGAUAGAUCACCCUGGGGACUACAGAGGCUCCCUUAAGCUUUCUCUUGCAUCAGGAUCUCUGCUAGUGAUGCAAGGGAAGUCUGCAGAUUUCGCAAAGCAUGCAAUCUCUUCCAUACGUAAGCAGCGCAUACUCAUUACCUUUGCAAAGUCGCAACCAAAGAAGCUACCACCGGCCGAUGCCUCGCGCCUCCCCCCCUCCAUGCCAGCGACUGCAGCACCACCCCCGCAGUGGGCCCCUCUGUCAAGUAGGUCCACGAGCUUUCCACGCCAUCCAGCUGGGCCAAAACACUAUGGGACAGUACCCACCACCGCCGUCUUGACAGCCCCGCCCAUUCUUCCACCACACCUACCACCACCCAAUGGCAUACAGCCACUGUUCGUGACUGCAUCAGUCGCACCUGCACCACCCUACCCUGCACCUGUGCCGCUUCCAACUGCAUCGGUUGGAUGGUCGGCAGCCCCUCCGCCACGUCUCCCAGUUCCAGGCACUGGAGUUUUCCUCCCUCCCCCUGGCUCUAGCCACCCACCACCUACGCAGCAGCCAGUGGCAAUGCCCAUGCCUGAGACGAGUGUUCCUGCAGAGACCUCAAUGCCACCAGAGAAUGAGAAUGCAGUGGAGAGAUCGAACUGUAACAGCAGCACUAGCACUUCUCCAAAGGGUAUGUUGGAUGGAGGAAAAGGCCAGAAGCAGGAGUACAAUGGAAGCGGCAGCAAUGGAAAGGUAGCAAUGGGAGUCAAGGAAGAGCAGCAGCAGAGCUGUAAUGCUAAGAAAAAGGUGGUGAGCAAGCCAACAGGUGCAGUCAAGUAACAGAAAGGAAGAGAGAAAUAGUAAGAGGUUUAUAUUCUUUUGAAGCACUUAGGCUGCAAUCUGCAAAUUGAGAUUUUGAGCAAAUGUAAAAAGCGGCAGAGAGUUUCGGUUGGGAGAGGAGGCUUUGACAUUGAGGCAUGGACCUUACAUUUCAUUUCAGUCGCAAUCUUCUUUCUUGCCUUU